AUGUUAAGCUUUAUUACCAAAGUGAAAAGACCUCUGGUAAAUAAAAGGCUUAUUAAAAGAGUUGGUUCAGGGAAUUCUAUCUCGGUUUGGGAAGAUCCAUGGAUUCCAGCUUCUUGCCCGAGGCCAGCCACAGGACACGGGGCUAAUUUCUACCCUCAUCUUCGGGUGAGUGAAUUGAUGACACCCGGCACCUCAACGUGGAAUUUACCACUAUUAAAUCAGCUUUUUGAUAGCGAGGAUGUUCCCAUCAUCUUAGGGAUUCCGACAUCUCGCACCGGGGCACGGCUACAGAGUCGCGGCCUUCAAAUCGACCCACAGUGCGUGCGGUGCGGUAUGGCUCCGGAAACGGUUAAUCAUAUGUUAUUUGAAUGUCCACCAGCGUUACAGCGUGGAGGAACGGCACAAGAAAGACAAGAGGUCACACUGGUCCUGGAGGGGAAUCCGGCUGAGUUAUCUGCCAGAGGUGAAAUCUGUCAGAUUGAUGGAUCAUGGAAAGCCACAGAUUCCCGAGCGGGUCUAGGCUGGUAUAAUUUCAAUACGGAAACAGGCGAAAAGCUUAUGGGUACGUGUAACUUAAGACGGGGUAUAUCACCACUCCAAGCAGAGCUUGAAGCGCUGGUGUGGGCUAUGCAGUGCAUGUUACGACAGAGGAAGUUAACAAUAGUGUUUGAAACGGACUGUUCCGAUGUGGUAAAGAUGGUGUCUAAACCCGAGGAUGGCCAGCUUUUGCAGCAAUACUAG